GCCCGAGGCCGGGCCCGGGGGCGCAGGGCGGCGGGAUGCCGCGCCCGAGGCGGCGAUGAUCGCGGAGCGCACCCCGUGGGCCCAGUUCUGAGUUCCUUCGCCCGUGCGCCUGCCUGACCACUGAGUCCCCGCCGAGGUCUGGGCAGGCCGAGAUGACGCUGUGUCCCGCGUUGUUGCUGCUGCUGCUGCUGCCACCGCUGCUGCUGGGGACCCUCCCUGGGGCCACCGCCGCCCGAGGCCCCCCAAGGAUGGCAGACAAGGUGAUCCCACGGCAAGUGGCUCGGCUAGGCCGCACCUUGCGUCUGCAGUGCCCUGUGGAGGGUGACCCACCACCACUGACCAUGUGGACCAAGGAUGGCCGCACGAUCCACAGUGGCUGGAGCCGCUUCCGUGUGCUGCCCCAGGGCCUGAAAGUGAAGGAGGUGGAGUCUGAGGAUGCUGGCAUCUACGUGUGCAAGGCCACCAAUGGCUUCGGCAGCCUCAGUGUUAACUACACCCUCAUCGUGAUGGAUGACGUCAGCCCAGGCAAGGAGAGUCUAGGGCCUGAGGGCUCCUCUGGGGGCCAGGAGGACCCAGCCAGUCACCAGUGGGCGCGGCCCCGCUUCACGCAACCGUCCAAGAUGAGGCGCCGUGUGAUCGCACGGCCAGUGGGCAGCUCUGUGCGGCUAAAGUGUGUGGCCAGUGGGCAUCCACGGCCUGACAUCAUGUGGAUGAAAGAUGACCAGGCUUUGACACGCCCAGAGGCCAGUGAACACAGGAAGAAGAAGUGGACACUGAGCCUGAAGAACCUGCGGCCGGAGGACAGCGGCAAGUACACAUGCCGAGUGUCGAACCGGGCAGGUGCCAUCAAUGCCACCUAUAAGGUGGACGUGAUCCAGAGGACCCGCUCGAAGCCUGUGCUUACAGGCACACACCCCGUGAACACAACAGUGGACUUUGGGGGGACGACGUCCUUCCAGUGCAAGGUACGCAGCGAUGUGAAGCCUGUGAUCCAGUGGUUGAAGCGGGUGGAGUAUGGUGCUGAGGGCCGCCACAACUCCACCAUCGAUGUGGGUGGCCAGAAGUUCGUGGUGCUGCCCACAGGCGACGUGUGGUCGCGGCCCGAUGGCUCCUACCUCAACAAGCUCCUCAUCACACGUGCCCGCCAGGAUGAUGCAGGCAUGUACAUCUGCCUGGGCGCCAACACCAUGGGCUACAGCUUCCGCAGUGCCUUCCUCACUGUGCUGCCAGACCCCAAACCGCCAGGGCCACCAGUGGCCCCCUCUUCCUCAACCACCAGCCUCCCAUGGCCUGUGGUCAUUGGCAUCCCAGCUGGUGCCGUCUUUACCCUGGGCACUGUGCUCCUAUGGCUCUGCCAGGCCAGGAAGAAGCCGUGGACCCCGGCGACUGCCCCUCCCAUGCCUGGGCACCAUCCACCAGGGACAACCCGUGACCGUGGUGGGGAUAAGGACCUGCCUGUGUCAGCUACCCUCAGCCCUGGGCCUGGCAUGGGGUUGUGUGAAGAGCUUGGGCCCCCAGCCACCCCCCAGCUCCUUCUGGGGUCAGGCCCAGUUACUGGACCCAAGCUCUACCCCAAACUCUACACGGACAUCCACACGCACACACACACGCACUCACAUGUGGAAGGCAAAGUCCACCAGCACCAGCACAUCCACUACCAGUGCUAGAUAGCAGCCACUCUAUGGACACCGGAGUGUAGGCUGAGGGCAGACAGGCAGCUGGGUUGAGAGGAGGGGGCUUGGGUGGGGACAGAGCACAAGGAGGGGGCCCACCCAUCGUGAGGAUGCGUGGCCUGCACCCUGGGGUGCCCUGUAUGAAGUAGGGCCCUACACAUAUGUGUUGUCUGGACACAUCUGCAUGUGUGGUACAGACGUUUUGCCUGGACACUUGCACAUGUGGACCAGACACCAGUGUUGCCAGGAUACACAUGCACAUACAUAUUCACACACAUGCAUUGCCUGGACACACACUUGGACUGAGCCACCUCCAGGAAGCUGCGUGCCAGUGACUUGCACCAUGCAUGUGGCAAUGGGCAAGUUGAUGAAGGAACCCCCACCCCCGCCCGCCCACCUGUGUGCCAGCCUGGCCUUAGUCAUUAUUUUUGCCACCUGCUCUGGUGGCCAGAGGCUGGGAGCAGGCGUCAGGCAGCUCCCUGCUCAUCCCCACCUGUCUCCCACUGCCAGAUUGAAGGGGCCUUGGUAUUUAUAUUUAAGAAAUUAAGAUAAUAUUAAUAAUGAUGAUACAGGGCUGGGUCUUGGGAUGUGGGUCUCUCCUGGGGCCAGGACCUGCCUGGCCUCACAGCCAUGCCGCAUGUGCCCACCCUGUGGGGCCAGGCACCCACCACCCCACUGCUGUGGCAGCCCCAGACCUCUGUAAUUUUAUGUAGAGUUUGAGAUGCAGCCUCGUAUAUUUAAUUUAUUUUGUUAAACAUAAGAGUGUGCUUCCC